CAGAGUGUCCAGGCGGGCAGAUCCUUUUGGCCUGUGGGUGGACCUGCCCUCGAUCGUGUGAUGAUCUCUCUCCGGAUGUGGUCUGUCUCAAUGAUGGUGUUGGCUCCCCUGGUCCUGAUACAUCUCCAGCUUGCAGGUCGUCCUGUGGCUGUCCACAUGGUUUACUCCUUCAGAACGGAUCAUGUGUUCCUCGGAGUGAGUGUCGCUGCAAAUCUCGAGUUCCCAUUCUGACAGGGUCGAGUGUGAACAGCAGCUGGAGUCUGUAUCCCGGUGUGGAGGACUGGCGAUAUAUGAAUGCAGGAGAGCACAUGGAGAUUGGGUGUGAAAACUGUUCCUGUGUCAAUGGGCGACUGGACUGUGUCUCACACUUGGGCUGUCAGUUAGAUGGAGGAUGGGGUUCUUGGAGCACAUGGACCCCCUGCUCUGAGCCUUGUGGAGGUGGCUCCCAGCACCGGGUUCGGGAAUGUGACAGUCCGAGCCCCCGGGAUGGGGGCCGGGGAUGCCGGGGAUCUCCAGACCAGAGGAGGGAAUGCAACAAGAAGCCAUGUGAAGGCUGGAGCUCAUGGACUGAGUGGAGCACUUGUUCCAAGUCGUGUGGGGCAGGAUUUGAGUUUCGCAAUAGGAGCUGUGACUCUGAUCUCCCGGCAUUGUGUGUUGGGAAUUUUGAGGAGACUCGUAGCUGCAAUGGGACGUGUGCUGCUUGGUUGGUGUGGAGUAAAUGGUCACCAUGGUCAACAUGCAGUGUGUCAUGUGGAGGCGGAGAGCAGCUCCGGGUCCGUGACUGUCUCAACCCACCGUGUGAGGGAUUCUCAACUCAAACCAAAACCUGCCAGAGCCAGGUCUGCCUCGCAGUCCUUGGAAUACUGCAUGGAGAGGCAGUCCCUGAGCAGCGUGAGGGCAAACCCAAGACCCAGAGUAGCACGAUGGGAAACCUGAGUCCUGCAGCAGCAGAAAUGGCCUUCAUACAGCUGAGUGCUGGUGUGCAGCAGACUAGAGGCUUGGAGCAGAGCGAGACAGUUGUUAGACCGGGGCCUGACGCAGGUGGUUAG